GACUGUUCCGCGGUGGACGUGUUCCGGUGUGGUGCUGUGCGGUCGAAGCUCUGAGCCUAACGAGGCGCCAUGCGUGAAUGCAUAUCUAUCCACGUUGGUCAGGCUGGUGUUCAGAUUGGCAAUGCGUGCUGGGAAUUGUAUUGUCUUGAACAUGGGAUCCAGCCUGAUGGUCAGAUGCCCAGUGAUAAAACUAUUGGAGGCGGAGAUGAUUCAUUUAACACUUUCUUCAGUGAGACGGGAGCUGGUAAACAUGUUCCCAGAGCAGUGUUUGUGGACUUGGAGCCAACUGUAGUUGAUGAAGUACGUACAGGCACAUAUAGGCAGUUAUUCCACCCUGAGCAGCUCAUUACUGGGAAAGAAGAUGCAGCUAAUAAUUAUGCCAGAGGCCAUUACACCAUUGGAAAAGAGAUCGUUGAUCUAGUGUUAGACCGCAUUCGCAAACUGGCUGAUCUGUGCACUGGGCUGCAAGGUUUCCUUAUCUUUCACAGUUUUGGAGGAGGAACUGGUUCAGGGUUUGCAUCUCUGCUCAUGGAAAGGCUCUCUGUUGACUACGGCAAAAAAUCUAAACUAGAAUUUGCAAUUUAUCCAGCACCACAGGUUUCUACUGCUGUAGUGGAACCUUACAAUUCAAUUUUAACUACACAUACAACACUGGAGCAUUCAGACUGCGCAUUCAUGGUAGAUAAUGAAGCCAUUUAUGAUAUAUGUCGUCGCAACCUGGACAUAGAACGUCCUACUUAUACGAAUUUAAAUCGACUAAUUGGGCAAAUUGUUUCAUCCAUCACAGCUUCACUACGUUUUGAUGGAGCCCUUAAUGUAGAUCUGACAGAAUUUCAAACUAAUCUUGUUCCGUACCCACGAAUCCAUUUUCCCCUGGUAACAUAUGCUCCUGUCAUCUCUGCUGAAAAAGCCUACCAUGAGCAGUUAUCUGUGGCUGAAAUUACCAAUGCUUGCUUUGAACCAGCCAACCAGAUGGUAAAAUGCGACCCACGUCAUGGCAAAUAUAUGGCCUGCUGCAUGUUAUACAGAGGUGAUGUUGUCCCUAAAGAUGUUAAUGCAGCUAUCGCUACCAUCAAGACUAAACGUACCAUUCAGUUUGUGGAUUGGUGCCCAACUGGAUUCAAGGUGGGCAUUAACUACCAGCCUCCAACUGUGGUGCCAGGUGGUGACCUUGCAAAGGUGCAGAGGGCUGUAUGUAUGCUGAGUAAUACAACUGCCAUUGCUGAAGCUUGGGCUCGUCUUGACCAUAAGUUCGAUUUGAUGUAUGCCAAACGUGCCUUUGUACAUUGGUAUGUUGGGGAAGGAAUGGAAGAAGGUGAAUUUUCCGAAGCCCGAGAAGAUCUGGCUGCCCUUGAGAAAGAUUAUGAAGAAGUUGGGAUAGACUCCGUAGAAGCAGAGGCUGAAGAAGAGGAUGAAUACUGAAAAUACUGACGUAAUGAAAAGCGUGUUCCGUAACAGCAACAAACGAACUGCAGAAUCCUGUUUGCUUGCUUGCUUGUUUUCAAAUGCAGUUUUAAAUGUUGUACUGUUCAAUUUUUUUCUUUGUUACUGUUUAUGCAUACAGUUGCUGUGUAAGGACCGUUUGAAAUUGCAGUUUUUGGUAGCAUCUAGUCUUGCGCAACUUGAAGAUUAAAUUACAAAAUUGUAUACGUGUCAGUAACACUGUACUCAAUUUAGCUAACUGUAGUAAAGGUAGGUGCCAUUACACUUUUGGUCUGAACUAGAAUAUUUGCUAAAAGCACCAAACUUGCUACUUUAAAAAAAGAAAAAAAAGAAAAAAAAAAAAGACAGGGAGACUGCAGACAAAAAGUAAAAUUUUCCAACCAGCAUGUCCCCUGGCACUCGGUGCCACUUUAGAUUGAAGAAAAUAAAAUGUCAGAUUACCUGCUUUAAAAUAGUCGUGUUUUGAAUUCCUACACUGGCCUAUUAUAUACUAAUGUCCUUUAAUGCACAACUCUGUGGACACUUUAAGCUUUGAUGAAUUAAUAAAAAAUUAUUUGUCUUAUA